AGGCCUUCUCUGUAGGGCAGGGUCGGUCAAAAUGGCGGCCGCCAACGAUUGCCCGGAACCGGGUAAACUCUAUAAGGAGGUCAUCACUCUUGAUGGUGUGCGGACGGUUUUAUCGAAAAUCUUACCACAGAGGAAAAUUCACAAGCACGUGAUUGUGGUAAUUCCUGGAAAUCCUGGAUUGAUAGAAUUCUAUGAUGAUUUUGUUACGUCAUUGUUUGACGCGCUUCAAGGGCAGUUGCCGGUGUUUGGAAUUUCUCAUACCGGUCAUUCUCCCAUAGAUUGCUAUCCAGUGUGUCCAGGGAAAAACUGCUCUGCUGAACAAAGCUAUGCUGCUGAGUCAUACAGAUUUCCAUUGAGCCUCGAGGAACAAAUCCUACAGAAAAAUUUAUUCUUGGAGAAGCAUAUUGCACCACAUUCUAAAAUAAUACUGAUUGGACACUCAAUGGGAGCUUAUGUUAUACUAAAUCUACUAAAAGAUUGUGAAAGAUUAUCAGAUAUCUCCAAAGCUAUUCUGUUGUUCCCAACAGUGGAACGAAUGGCAAUAUCUCCAAAUGGCAGAUUUGUGACACCUUCGGUGAUGUAUUUGAGGUGGAUAGGAAUAUUGGCAGCUGCUGCAUUCUCAUUUUUACCUCAAGUUGUGAAGAAAUGGUGUGUUCAAUGGUGGUUUAGUGACAGAAAGGGAGUAAUGCCUAGUGUUGUUGAUACUGUGAUAAAAUUCCUUACCUAUCAACCAAUGGAUUGUUCCUCUAGAAUGGCACAGGAGGAAAUGACAGAUGUGGUUCACCGUGAUGAUGAGGUAAUUGAAACAAAUUUGGAGAAACUGAUCUUCUACUAUGGAACAACUGAUAAGUGGGUCCCAGUCUCCUACUAUGAGGACAUGAAAGUGAGGUUUCCCAGAGGGGAAAUACAUUUAUGUAAAAGGAAGUUUGACCAUGCAUUUGUACUUGAAUCAUCAAAGGAAGUCGCUGAAAUGGUUGCUUCUUGGAUACAAAAGGUGGCUGCUUGAACAUUGAACCAAUAUGCUGUCUAACUCCAUAACCCCUACGAUUAGAUUAGAAAUUCUCUUUUCUGUUCGUCAUAAAUUUUCUUGUAAAUUGGAGAGAAGAAUCAGACAUUGAAGCUUUUCUGUUCUCAUCAUGUGUUUGCAGGAUAGUGUAUUGUAAUUGAGGGGAUAAUGUUUUUCUUAUUUUUUACCCAUUUAUUAAUACAAAUCACAGUAAUAACAUUUAUUUACCAAUAUA